AAAUACUAAUUGUGUUUUUAUUUUGGAAGAAAGAAAAAGGUUUAUUUUUUCUUCCUUCUUAUUUAUUGGAAAGAGAAGCCAUUUUGAAUACUUAAUUAAUGUUUGCCCCUUUUUUUAGGAAUCCUUUAUUUCAGCGAUGUUUCAAAUUCUAGUUUGGGCUCCUUCCAGAAUACCAGUGGGCCUCAUACAUGCGAUACCUGUGGUAAACAAUUUCCUAAUAGCUCCAGUCUCAAAAUGCAUACUUACACACACACUGGAGAACGUCCUUUCUUUUGUGAAGAGUGUGGCAGACGUUUCACGCAAAAGGGAAAUUUGAAGACUCACAUGAAAACGCAUGAAGGAAUAAAGCCAUUUGUUUGCGAUUGUUGUUUGAAACGCUUCACUACAAAACGAUGCAUGCUGGAUCAUGUAUCAUCAAAGCAUAGUAAACUACUUUAUUGCCCUUUUAUUUUAGGAGGAACUAAUUGUUUAAGCAAUGCUUCCGAUUCCAGUUUUGGCUCCUUUAACAAUGCUUGUACUCUUCACGUCUGUGAAAUUUGUGGCAAACAGUUCUCUAGUGAUUCCAGACUCAAGAUGCAUUCUCUCACGCAUACUGGGGAACGCCCUUUCAGUUGUGACCAGUGCGGUGGAUGUUUCUCUCAAAAGGGGAACCUUAAAACACACAUGAAAAUCCAUGAGGGAUUAAAACCAUUUUCUUGUAACUAUUGUAUGAAGCACUUCUCUACAAAGCGUUGCAUGCUGAAUCACAUUGCUUCAAGGCACUAUAAAUAAUCUUAGUGUUUGUUUUGUUUAUUUUAAGUUUUUCACCAAGGAAAUUUACAAAGUUAUUUGAGUGCCUUAAGUUCCUUGCAAAACUUAAAUUUUUUAAAUUGUUUUAACUAUCUUGCUGAAAAAAAUUGCUUGGUCUUUAAAGCUCAAAUAGCUUAAAUAUUUAAAGUUACUUAAACUUUUUAAGGCAAGGUACGUACUGGGGGACUCCCUUUCAGUUGUGAACAUUAUACAGUACUGAACCCGUUAUCCGGAAAUCAGAAAACCGGAAAACCAAAAAAACCGGAACGAAAUUCGAUAAAUUUU